UUCAAAUGAACGUGCCGCAUCAUUCAUGGUAGAUCCAUUAAUCAUCAUUGCUUUGAUUGCUUUGCCCACAAUUGGUAUGCUAGGCUUAUCAUCAUUAAUAAUGCCACUUAUACCGAUUGGUAUCUACGUCAUACAGCAAUUUUUUCCAACUGGUGCUGGUCGUCGACGUAGACGUCGAAGUUUGUCGAUUACAAAGAGCGUUCCCUACAAUCAUCAUCUUUUUAAUGAUGAAUUGUUUGAAUGGGCAAUGCGAAAUUUUUUACGAAUGAUGAACAAACAAAAUAUUUCAUCCGAAAAUAAUGCAACAAUCGAUCAACAUUAA